CUAAUGGCCGCCAGUAUAAAUGUGCCUUUCAUCCGGUCGACAUGGUCGUUGUUCGUGUUGUUGUUUGCCGCCAUCUGCGCGCCGACGUAACCAUUGGCAGCCGCCACGAAAGUUUGAACGCCGUUGUACCGUCACCGCCUGCGUUGUUUCGCCAGAUCGGACGACCCGUCGCUCGAGAAAAAUGCGCUGACCAUCGGCACAACCACCCGGACUACCGUCGCCGAUGCCGCCACCACCAGUUCUAUUCGCCAAAAUCUGCCCACCCGUGUCGCCAACACGAUAAUGAUGACGUAGUACGGAUCGUUAUGUGCCCAAAAAAAAAAAAACCUUGAACCGCAACACACGAAUAAUGAGUCGCCCAACAGGCUGUUUUUUUGAAUACUAACACAGAAAUUCAUCAGUCAUCAAAAUGACGUCUAGGUUAGAUAGACUCUUUAUACUAUUAGAAACAGGAAGUAGUUCAGUUACAAGAAAAGCUGCUGCAAACCAACUAGGACAAGUGGUGAGAUUACAUCCCCAUGAACUUAAACCUUUAUUAGAACGAAUAUCUACAUACUUACGAAGUUCAUCAUGGGAAACUCGUAUAGCUGCUUCUCAAGCCAUUGAAGCUGUUGUUAAACAAAUUCCUCCUUGGUGUCCUAGUGGUUUACCGCCUGUUAAAUUAGAACUCUGUAAUGAUUUAUUGGUAGAUGAAAAAGAAAAUGAUGGAAAAUUAUCAUUUGAUACAUUUGAUUUAACCUCUAUUAUGAACAAUUGCUCUGCUUUAAUGGCUUCUCCAGAUAUUGAGCUACACAAUCUAGUUACUUCAGAAAAUGAUUCAGAAAAAAUUAUCAAAGAUCAGCAGCAAAUUAUUAACAAAACAUUGGGUCUAGAAAUUAUUGGUUCAGAUAUUAUCACAUCAGAUGAUAUAAUGAUUUUAUCAGCACCUUGUAAAACCAACUUAAAAAGACAAUUAAGUGAUGUAAUAAAUGUAAAUCCUGAUAUUGAUAAAAGUUCCAGAGAAACUAAUUGUGAUAGACGGAAAGCUCGUUUAGCUGAACUGAAUAAUAAACUAGUCAGAUCUGUAUCUUUAGAUGCUGGUUUCACUGGGACUUCAAAUUUAAACAAAAAGAUUAAAUUAAUUGAUGAUAGUGAAGAGGUUGAAGUUGAUUGGCCUUUUAAAGAUUUCAUGAACACAUUACUUAGAGAUUUAUUUAAUACAAAAUGGGAAAUACGUCAUGGUGCUGCAACUGCUAUCCGUGAAAUUAUUAAACAUCAUGGUCGAGGAGCUGGAAAAGCUAGUAAUUUACCGUCGGAUCAAAUGGAAACUCAUCAUCAAGCGUGGUUAGAAGAUAUUGGCUUAAGACUAUUAUGUGUCCUUGCAUUAGAUCAUUUUGGUGAUUUUCUUGGUGAUCAAGUUGUAGCGCCUGUCCGAGAAACAUGUGCUCAAGCUUUAGGAUUUGUUGUUAAAUUAAUGUCUGAAGAAAAUGUUUUAAAUAUAAUUCAUGUACUUAUAACACUUAUUCAACACACUGAUUGGACAACCAGACAUGGUGGAUUACUGGGAUUGAAAUAUCUACUAGUUGUUAGAAAAGAUCUCAUUGAAAAAAUAUUACAUUUAUCGUUUCCAUUUAUAUCCAAGUCUCUUAUGGAUACUGUAGAUGAUGUUAGUGCUGUAGCUGCAUCUGCUUUAUUACCAAUAGUCGAUUAUAUGAUUAGAUGUGAUGAAAAAUGGGUGUCCGAUGUAAUAUCUAUUUUAUGGCAAAUGUUGGCUAUUCAAGAUGAUUUAACGGCAUCUUGUAAUAACUUUAUGACCUUAUUAGCUGCAUUGUUUAGUCUUCCAUCUGGGAAAUUAUUGACAAAUGAACCAAUUCUCCAUGUAUUACCUCGACUUUGGUCAUUUUUAUCACACAAUGCUACUCAAGUGCGAUUAGCUACUAUGAAAUCCUUAAUGACUUUAACUUCAACUCAACAACUUACAAAUUCUGAUAGUGCUGAAGAUAUUAAAUUACUUCAAAACUCUAUGAGGCAUAUUUUCCAAAGAGCUAUGGUUGAACCUGAUGAAGAAAUACAAAAAAUUAUUAAAAAGGUUUGGAGUAACUUGAUAAAUAAUAGUAGCCUAACAGCCCUUUUAAAUGCUGCUUGUCCUUACAUUGGAUUAUGGUUGGCAAUGACAAUGCAAUCAGAAAAAAUCCCAUAUGAUAAUUCUACUAUCAUACCAUAUAUUUCAACUGGACAUAAUAAAGUAGAUAAUGUAUCUAAUCCAACUUGUGAAACCGGUAUGGAUAUCAAAUACUAUAUUGGUGGAAAUGAGACUAUUCCUGUAGAUCUAAGAGAAAAAAAUGCAAUUAAAGCUAGACAUUUAGGAGCAGAAAUGUUAGGUUUACUAUCUUGUUUUAUUAUAAAACCAGCACCUAAUGUAUGUUAUGUAAAUGAAAAUGACUCGCCAGUUACAUGCUAUACAAAAUUACUAAUUAGUAAUCUAGAAUCUAAUGUGGGUAUGCAACAACGAAUGGCUUCUAUUGUAAUAUCGAAUUGGUGUAAACUAGAAAAACUAGAAGAUGUAGCUUCAAAAAUAUUAACUGAAAAAUUAACAGAAUGCAUGAACCGUAUUAUCUAUUAUGAUGAGAUGUCAUACUCAAUUACAAGACUUAUACAAGAUGCACAUGACUUUCUUGCAUCAUUGAAACAUUAUAAUAUGACAACUCCACAUCAAUUAAGCCAAAUUGUAACUUUGGAACAUAUUGAACUACUUACUGGAUCAGAAACUAAACUCUUAAUUUCAUCGUUAAAACUUAGACCUAAAAUAAUUGAGCAACUUGAAGAAAGACGUCUUUCUUUAAAUCAAUCACAUAAACAAAUAAAUUCAGAUCUCAUUUCUUUAACUGUGUCAACUAAAGCAUCAAUAGCAUGUGCAUUAACUAUGCUUCAGUGUUUACCUGAAAAAAUACGCCCUAUUGUUAAGCCAUUAAUGGAGUCUAUAAAAAAAGAAUCAAAUGAAAUGUUACAACACUUGUCUGCUGAACAUUUGGCUAUUUUGAUGGACUUAUGUGUUGAUCGAUCUUCAUGCCCUAACACUACAAUAAUUAAUAACUUAUGUUCUUUUCUUUGUGUUGAUCCAGAGUUCACACCUAAAAUAGGUACUGAUGACAAAAGAAAAUAUCAGUUGAUUCUCAUGCACCAAAAAAUUUUACAAAAUGCUGAAAAAUUGUUAAUGAAACGUAAUGGACCGCGAGGUUCAGGAAGACCACCAGUACACUGUGAUAUAAAUGUAGAAAUUGUGUUAAGCGAUGAAGACCAGGAACAUAAAUUAAGUAAUAAUAUUCAAAAGAGAGGAGCAUUAUAUGCCUUACAAACUAUUUGCUUGCGUUUUGGAGAACAUCUACAAAGUAAACUACCUAGACUUUUCGAAAUAGUAUAUAAUAGUAUAAAAAAUAUUAAAUUUCCGGAAAAUGAUCCAAAUUUGAAUACCUUUAAAGAUAAAGAUGAAGAAGCACAAGAAUUAAUUAAAAAUUUACAAGUAUUUGAAGUUGUAUGUUCAAAAAUGCAUAAAUGUUAUGUUACGAAGCUUUUAGAGUUAUUGCCAAUUUUUACCAAGCUUAUUAUUCAUCCAUAUUCAGCAGUCAGGCAUAUAGUUGCUCGCUGUUUAGCUGCAUCUGUUGAACUGAAUUCUGUUACCACUAUGACAAUUAUUGUAAAAGAUGUAUUGCCACUUCUUGAUGCACCUGAUUCUGAUGUAAAACGAAAAGGGGCUAUUGAAGCAGUUGUUUGUAUUGUUGAGAAAUUACAAUUUGAAAUAGUUCCUUAUAUUGUAUUAUUAGUCAUCCCACUUUUAGGCCGUCUAAGUGAUCAAGAAGAAAAUGUUCGUAAAAUGUCAUCUCAAUGUUUUGCAAACCUUAUUCAAUUAAUGCCACUUGAUGGCAGUGUACCUACUCCGCCAAAUUUAAGUGAUAAAAUGAAUACAUUAAUUCAAUCACAGCGAACAUUUUUAGAUCAACUUUUUAAUCCUAAUCAAAUAAAUGAUUUCAAAGUUCCUAUAGUAAUAAACACUAAAUUAAGAUCCUAUCAACAAACUGGAGUGAAUUGGUUAGCCUUUUUGAAUAAGUACAAGUUACAUGGAAUUUUAUGUGAUGAUAUGGGCUUAGGCAAAACCAUACAGUCAUUGUGUAUACUUGCUAGUGAUCAUUACAAUAAAAAUGAAAAGUAUAAGGAAACCAAAAGUCCAGAUUCAGUUCCUUUACCAUCUAUAGUUGUUUGUCCCCCUACAUUAAUUGGCCACUGGACUCAUGAAGUACAUAAGUUUAUUCCAAAUAACAUACUAAAACCAUUACAAUACUCUGGUUUGCCUUUAGAAAGACAAAAAUUACGCUUAUAUGCUGACAAAUAUAACUUAUUUGUUGUUUCAUAUGAUAUUGUGCGCAAGGAUAUUGAAUUUUUUUCAAAAAUAAAAUUCAAUUACUGCAUACUAGAUGAAUGUCAUGUUAUCAAAAAUGGGAAAACUAAGGCUAGUCAAGCUAUUAAACAAUUAAAAGCAAAUCAUCGAUUAGUUUUAUCAGGAACUCCAAUUCAAAAUAGUGUUCUUGAGUUAUGGUCACUAUUUGACUUCUUAAUGCCUGGUUUCUUAGGCACAGAAAAACAAUUUUCUGCAAAAUAUAGUAAACCAAUAUUAGCUAGUAGAGAUGCUAAGUGUUCAUCUAAAGAACAAGAAGCCGGAGUUUUAGCUAUGGAAGCAUUACAUCGUCAAGUUUUACCUUUUGUGUUACGUAGAAUGAAAGAAGAUGUGUUAAGUGAUCUGCCACCUAAAAUAACUCAGGAUUACUAUUGUGAUUUGAGUCCUAUUCAGCAACAACUUUAUGAAGACUUUUCAAGAAUCCAUAUACAUAAGAAAUUAUCAGACUCUAACGAACCUAACAAUUCUCACUCUUUAAUUAAAAAUAAUAUGUUACAGGCAUUGCGUUAUUUACAAAAUGUAUGUAAUCAUCCAAAACUUGUACUAACUCCACAACAUCCUCAAUAUUCUCAUAUACUUCAGCAAAUUUCAGAAUCUAAUUCUAGUUUAACUGAUAUUCAACAUGCUGCCAAAUUACCAGCUCUCAAACAACUUUUAACAGACUGUGGUAUUGGAUUAACGAACAAUGAUGAAUCUGUAAUAAGCCCACAUAGAGCUUUAAUUUUCUGUCAACUGAAAUCUAUGCUGAAUAUAAUUGAAAAUGAUCUCUUCAAAGUUCAUAUGCCAAAUGUUAGUUAUCUUCGUCUAGAUGGUAGUGUGCCUGUAUCUCAAAGGUAUGCACUCGUUAAUCGGUUUAAUGUUGAUCCAUCAAUUGAUACACUUAUAAUGACUACUCAAGUUGGAGGCUUAGGUCUAAAUUUAACUGGAGCAGAUACUGUAAUAUUUGUAGAACAUGAUUGGAGUCCUAUGAGAGAUCUACAAGCUAUGGAUCGAGCACAUCGUAUUGGUCAAAAAAAGGUAGUCAAUGUAUACCGUUUAAUUACUAGAUCAACACUUGAAGAAAAAAUAAUGAACUUUCAAAAAUUUAAGCUAAAAACUGCUAAUACAGUUAUAUCAUGUGAAAAUUCAAGUCUUCAAACAAUGGGAACUGAUAAAUUAUUAGAUUUAUUUUCUUUGGAUGAUCCAUCGAAAGAAAAAAAUAAACUUAGUUCUUCAAGUGGUUCCAUUAAAUCUGUUCUUGAAACUUUGCCAGAACUUUGGGACACCAAGAUUUAUGAUGAUGAAUAUGAUUUAAAUAGUUUUAUUCAAACACUAAAUGAUACUUAAUUGUACAGUUUGAAUAAAAUGUUGUAUAUAAACUUUAUGUUUACUUUUCUUUUCUAUAACUUAUAGUUGAAAGUGUCUAGUGAAAAUAAACCAAAAAUUAGGCUUUUAAAUUGUAAUUAUACUGUAGUUAUUUAACCAUAGUUGUUUGAAAUUUUUUGUACUCAUUUAAUAAAUGCUUUUGUAUUGAA